ACACACGCCCGUGCAACAUUCAAGACCGACACAAAAAUGGCCUCCAAACGCGGUUCCGGCGCAAGUGGUAACAAGUUCCGCAUGACCCUCGGUCUGCCCACUGGUGCAGUCCUGAACUGCGCAGACAACUCCGGGGCCAAGUCCCUCUUUGUCAUCGAGCCCUACGGCACGGGCUCCCACCUGAACCGGCUGCCAGAUGCCGGUGUCGGUGACAUGGUCGUCGCUUCCGUGAAGAAGGGUAAGCCUGAGCUGAGGAAGAAGACCAUGCCUGCUGUUAUUGUCCGCCAGCGGAAAGCAUGGCGGAGAAAGGACGGUGUCUUCCUCUACUUUGAGGACAACGCUGGUGUCAUCGUCAACCCCAAGGGUGAGAUGAAGGGCUCUGCCAUCACAGGGCCCGUUGCAAAAGAAUGCGCGGAUCUGUGGCCACGUAUUGCUUCCAACGCUGGUACGGUGGUAUGAGGUGGUAUGGACGAGGGGUUCUCCAUGUACUAUGUGUCAUGUUUCGUAUUGCUAGCAUCCUCCAUCAUGACUUGCUAUCCAUAAUAUGCAUACGAUCCACCCGGACCCUGACAGUGUACGCC